ACUCGGCUGCGCCGACCCCUGCGUCAGUGCAUCACCUCCGUGGUGCCUCAGCUCCUCCCAGUCUCCUGUGAGCACCGGAGUCUGCAGACGGAGCACAUGCGCAGGGUCUCACGUGGGGAUGAGAGCGUGCAGCUUCGCGCUCUGAAUGCAUGGAGUUUGUGGACACGUCGUCCAGAAAGAAGAGAGGAAUACGACUCGGAUACGAGGAAUGUCCCCUAACCGGAAUAUGUUCCUCUGGACGUUUGGUAUUUAACCUAACGUGCAUGCACAGAAGAAGCGGAUCCGUCACACCUCCGCCUGCAUCUCUCACACCCAGACAUCCCCAUGACCCAGAACCUCAACGCCACCUGGGAGGGCUUGAGCCCUUCCAACUCCUCGCGGGCGCCGGAACCCCCCCCGACCCACCGCAACGUCACCUACGUGGCUUUCUACCUCCACGAGCCCGCGGUGGCUGCGGUCUUCACCGUCUCCUACCUGCUCAUCUUCCUGGUGUGCAUGGUGGGCAACGGCGUGGUGUGUUUCAUCGUGCUGCGCAGCAGGAACAUGCGCACCGUCACCAACCUGUUCAUCCUCAACCUGGCCAUCAGCGACCUGCUGGUCGGCAUCUUCUGCAUGCCCACCACUCUGGUGGACAACAUCAUCACAGGGUGGCCUUUCGGGAGCUUGGUGUGUAAGCUGAGCGGCACGGUUCAAGGGAUUUCCGUCUCUGCGUCCGUGUUCACUCUGGUGGCGAUAGCCGUCGACAGGUUCCGCUGCAUCGUCUACCCGUUCAAGCAGAAGCUGACCAUCGCCACCUCCAAGCUGAUCAUCGUCGUCAUAUGGGUCCUCGCCGGGUGCAUCAUGUGUCCCUCUGGCGUCAUGCUGCAGGUCACGAGGGAGCAGAGGGUGCGAAUAGUGACCGGCAGCGACACCCGCCCGUUCUACUGGUGCCGGGAGAACUGGCCCAAUCAGGAGAUGCGUAAAAUCUACACCACCGUCCUCUUUGCCAACAUCUACCUCGCUCCUCUCAGCCUCAUCGUCGUCAUGUACGCCCGGAUCGGCAUCACCCUCUGCAAGACCACGAUCCCUCAGGCGAGGGGCACCGGGAGCGUGUCCGAUGAGGGCGGGGGCACCAACAGACCCGGCGUGGAGGGUCGCCACACUAUAUCCAAGCGGAAGAAUCGGGUGAUAAUGAUGCUGCUGAUCGUGGCUCUGCUCUUCAUCUUGUCCUGGCUUCCUCUGUGGACGCUGAUGAUGCUGAGCGACUACGGCAGCCUGACGGAGCACCAGCACCGCGUCAUCAACAUCUACGUGUACCCCUUGGCUCACUGGCUGGCCUUCUUCAACAGCAGCGUCAACCCCAUCAUCUACGGGUUCUUCAACGAGAACUUUCGCCGAGGCUUUCAGGCCGCUUUCAAAUUCCAGCUGUGCUCCGAGGGCAUCAGGCUCCAGAGGCCCUACUCCAAUCGGAUCCGAGGGAACGCCGUGGUGCCGCUGCAGCCGGCCGCCCUCAGUAGACGGAGCUCAGGAGUCGGGUCGGUGGGGAACGGGAAGGGCUCGCGUCAGGAAGGAGGGAGCCUGUCCGCUAAAAGUCAUGUCAAAGAGCCGGAUCUGAUCGUAGAGGACCUGGAGAAGGUGUCCCAGAUUUAGACGGAAACUGCACGGACACGUUCCAAUGCUCGAAGGACGGUGAUAAUGACGAGGAGAUUCGACACUGCCGAGCGGCCGUCUGUGAAUCAGGGUCCGGCACGUUCGUCAUCGUGACUCCUUCUGAAGCUAUUGGUGAAUGUUUGGUGCUGUGUACAAAGCAAAUGACACGGUAAACAAGGGGAGUUCAUUUGGUUUAAAUCAGAGAGGAUUCAAUUUGAGGGCUUGUGUAUCUUCGUUCCAAACAGACUCACGCUUGUUGUUCAUUAAGUUUAUCACAGCAGUCAGUAUUAUUUCUUUAUGCCGCAAAGGCAAAGCUGGCUACCUGGCUAAAGAGUCGGAGACGCUACGUUGCUGUAAUUUAAUUUCAUUCAAUGUUCAAUGAAUGACAACGGCGAGAAGUACAUUGUGUUCCGCUGACUGUGUGCGCCGGCCCGGUUGGAGGUCGUGAAGCGCCAGCAGCAGGUGUCGUGAGAUCUGACGUGUUGCUAGGAUUGUUGCUUGGUUCUUCCCACACUGUAAAAGCCCCACACUGUGUGUUCCAACCCUAAUGAAAAGGAUGUUGUUUGCAGGUGAUGCAACGCCCGUGCCAUUCAAUGAAUAGCAAAGUGGCGCCCUUCGUUUCCUUUGUUCAGAGGAGCACCGCACGCGACUCCCACUCCGGAGAGAUUUCAAAGGUUUCAGCAAUCUUUCAGUGUUUUCUGGCGAUUCAGGAAACCGUGAAGAUGAAUGGCACAACUCUCGAGGCUCCUCCCGUCAAACAGCCGCACGUUGCCGCGCCUCGGGGACGAUCGCGCCCGACGGACGGCCGUGACAAAAGGAAGAGGAUCACAGGCUCAUCAUGAGAGGCCCCGUUACGCCCUCGUGUUCCCCGCUUCCUCCCGAGGCACAAUCCAAUUUUACCUCCAAAGAGACAGAGGCUGCGCUUAUCGGCACACCGGCCCCUCACGUGUUAGCGUUCAUUAGAAGGAAACUAGAGAAGAGGAAGUGGGCCGAGUGGAACCUCGCCGGAAAGCAAGAGCAGAUAAGAUGUGUACUUAGAUAUAUAGGAUGUUUAAAUCACCAUUAGAAAAGCCCCCAACCAACACUAGCAGGGCCCCAUAUGGUGCUUAGUGUACAUGUCAUAAAAUGCAUGUUGUUUUCUGGCUACUAGUGUUUGAGCCCCUUUUUUAAAAUGUUGUACAGCCAAGAGUGGUCAUCUUAAAUCUUUAAUAAUAGAUAUUAAUUAUGUUUGGAAAAUAUUUGAUUUUGCAGAAAUUGUUGUAUUACGACGUUAUCAGUACAUGAUGUGUUUUUGUGCUGAAAUCCUGUGGUGCCGCGCAGCAAGAAGAAGAAACUAGCAAACGAGAUUGUUUAAAAUGUAUAUUUGAUUGAGUUUCCACGUGUUUUAUGAAUUCUUUACCUCAAGGACACACAAAGUGUGCUUUGGUCAGAGACACUGGACAAAAAAACACACUUUAAGACAAUCCGCAAAUACAAAAUCAUACAAGAUUAAAAACAGGCAGCCAUUAAUUAAAAAAUCAGCAUAUUUAUAAUACGGCGUUUCAAAUCUUUGGUCUGGAAGGAUGAAACUGUUGACAAAAGAUCUUAGAGCGCUACAAGGGGGAUGAGGCCUUUUAGCGGAGAACUUUCAAAUCUAUUUCACACCACGCGACAACAAUAGAUGCUUCUCUUAAUAACUAAUAACUAACUGGGACCACCUCAUGUUAUUCUCAACAACUCCAUUUCUCCAAUAGGAGAUGGAAAGGAGAGUAGCUCAAUGCUGGAGGCGUCAUGUGUACGCAGUGUAAUCAAAACCGCAUCUAUGGUUUUUAGAUCAACACGAUUAUAUUGCCGCUGCUUUUAUUUUUGGUUCUUCUCCACUUUUUUCUAUCACCUCAAAAGGGAUCCAAGGAAAUAUAAAAUGUUCCAAAGAAGAAAAAAAAAGUGCAUGAAUGCAAACAAAUGUGUGAACCGCUGUGUCUUUGUACACGUGAAUAUACGUCUGUGAUGGUAUAUUUAAACCCCCCUUUAUGGCUUAUUACAUGCUGUGAUAUUUGUAAUUGAAAAGAAUAUGGUCAAUCACAUCGUGCUGCCAAUGCUGCUUGUUGCAAAAAGGAAACAUCUGUCAGUUUGCUGUAAUGAAAAAUAAAAAGGAGCAGUUCCAA